CUUCCCUCGGAAAGCCCGCGCCUGCAUCUUAGAACUUGGGGGGCGGUCCAGACAGUUCCCUGGACAUGCAGUGUGGGGAAGUGUUUUCUGUGAUUCCAGAGGGCAUGUGGGUUAUCGUAGGGUUUUUUGUUUGUUUGUUUUAAGGGUCACUGAAAGUGAACUUUUUCUUAGUUUUACGUUCGACGAUUGAGUGGAAAAGAAAAGGCGCAGGCAGCGCAGUUUCCGGAGGACAAUGACUGCGUAGAGCAACCAGGAAGCGGCUGGGCUGGGAGUUGUUCCCGGUUCCCGCUGUGCUGUGGCGACUUCUUCACAGGGUCCCUGCGCCGAGGCCCGGCGCCCUUCGGGAGUCCUGCUCUGAACUAGAACCCGGCUCUGGCCGGCCGUUCCCGAGCUGCCAUGUCUUCCGACUUCGAAGGGUACGAGCAGGACUUCUCAGUGCUCACUGCUGAGAUCACCAGCAAGAUUUCCAGGGUCCCUCGGCUUCCUCCCGAUGAGAAGAAGCAAAUGGUUGCCAACGUGGAGAAACAGCUUGAAGAGGCCAGAGAACUGCUUGAACAGAUGGACUUGGAAGUUCGAGAAAUACCACCCCAAAGUCGAGGAAUGUACAGCAACAGAAUGAGAAGCUACAAGCAAGAAAUGGGGAAACUGGAAACGGACUUUAAAAGGUCACGGAUCGCCUACAGUGACGAAGUACGGAAUGAGCUCCUAGGGGAUGCUGGGAAUUCCUCAGAGAACCAGAGGGCACAUCUGCUGGAUAACACGGAGAGGCUGGAAAGGUCAUCUCGGAGACUAGAGGCUGGAUACCAGAUAGCAGUGGAGACCGAACAAAUUGGCCAAGAAAUGUUGGAAAACCUGAGUCAUGACAGAGAAAAGAUACAGCGAGCACGUGAGCGACUCCGGGAAACAGAUGCAAACUUGGGGAAGAGCUCCCGGAUUCUGACAGGGAUGUUGCGAAGAUGGGAAAGCCUCCAUUUCAGGCUAUGUCCAUGACUUUGUAGGGCUAUAAAAAAGAAAGAAAACUCUCCCAGGAUGAAACCCUUGAGGUCAGAGCAAAGCAAACCAUCAGAGAGUUUCCAAGCAUCCAUUCCAGGGUCAAGUCUAAACCACAGAAGUCUAACAGCACAGGUAGUAUCUAGCUAGAGGCAGGGAAAACCUAGCACACAUGCCUUCAUACCACUGGACAUGGCCCCUGAGUCUACAGGACCAUGUCAGCAGGAUUACUAAAAACAAUCGGAUUGGCAUUCUGUUUGGGACUUGUAGCUUCUGCAUAAACAAGGACACACUGGAAAAGUGUUGAGCCCAGAACAACAGACAUUCCCUGAGAGGGAACAAAUGAGCAGAGCGGGACUGUCUGCCUCUCGGAAGCCGUGAAAUCUCCGAUGUAAAGCAUAGUCAUAUUUUUGUUAUUACUUGAUUUAACACUCCAGGAAUUUAGCCCACACCAGCUGUGCAUCUCUGGGCCCCCUGCUCAUUAAAACUCUUCUCUUUC